CAAUCCCACAGUAUGGAGCCACAACUCUAGGUGACAAAAGCUCCAAGCUGCAACAGAGUCAAGCUUACACAGCGUAUGUAGUUUUUUUGUAUUUUUUUAAGGGGCCUGGCUCCGGGUCUUUCCUUGCGCUCCCAUGCGGAGAGAGGGCCCCCAAGGGAGCUGACGCCAGCUGAGACUGAAAAACAAGGGUCUAAGCUCUAAGUCCCAUCAUGGCGGCAGAAAGCCUGGAGACAGAUGGUCCCAGAUCCUCCAUGCCGGCUGAGCUCCACCAUCCCCACUCUAAGUACUCUCAGUGGAAGUUUAAACUGUUCAGGGUGAAGUCAAUGGAGAAGGCCCCACUUCCGAGCGAGGCACUGCCUCAGAAAGGAGCCUUGUUGGAGAUUUCUCCUCCUGCAGCCCCAAAUAUAGAGCUAGAUCAUGGUGUAGAUCCCGGGAGUGUUAUGAAAUUGUGCCUAGGGGGAAAAAGUAAGGAAAAUAUGGAGGGCCCUGGCAGGAGAGUAGAUAUGAAGCUGCAGGAAAUGGACACCCACAUGAACCAGCUCAGGUGCUUGUGUCGCGUCUGUGGAAUGGUCCUGAGGAAGGUUAAAGGACCUGUGCACGAUGUUCACGGCGAUCUGGAUGAGGUGAGCAAAUGCGCCCUGCGCAAAAUGGGCUGCAAAUUCACGAGCUGGUCAGAGGUCAUCCUUAAGGUCUUCAAAGUGGACGUGACGGAGGACAUAGAAUCUGUCCACCCGCUCUCCUUCUGCCAUCGCUGCUGGCUGGCUGCCAUACGAGGAGGAGGCUUCUGCAGCUUCACCAGAACAAGGAUCCCUGAGUGGAAGCCCCACUCUUCCCACUGCCACCUUUGCUUCCCCAAGAAACCUUCAUUCCAGAAGGCUGGCAGGAAACGGAGGAAGGUCAUUCCUAGAGCCCAGAGCCUGGCAAAAAGGCCCAGAUGGGACCACGGUGAUUGCAUUUCUGUUGGUGAGAGGAGAGUUCUGAGACCAUUCGGAGACCGUCAUGGCCCUGCCCUCAGGGCCUGGAGGAAGCUCAGCGUCCAGAGAGAGCAGUGGGUGAGGAAGAUCACACAUUGCCAGAAAGACCACCUGAGUUCUAAGCUGAUCUCUGAGAAGCUCCCCGUGGACUUCAUCAUUUCUUUCACCUGUCUGGUGUGUGACCACCUGCUCUCUGAUCCAGUUCAGUCCCCCUGUGGCCACCUCUUCUGCCGCGGCUGUAUCAUAAAAUUUACCCAUGUUCUGGGACCUCACUGCCCCGCCUGCAACUUGACCUGUGUGCCUGAUGAUCUCACCCCGCCUGCCAAAACCUUUUUAUCAGCCCUCUAUUCCCUGCCUCUGCUCUGCCCCACUGACGGCUGUGGGGAGCAGGUAAGGCUAGACUCCUUCAAGGCUCACUGUCUGAGCCAUGAGCUGGGGGAAAAUGCAAGCCUGCAUUCAUCUGAUCUCGACAGCUACCUGCUCACCAACAAAGGCGGAAGACCCCGCCAGCACUUGCUUUCGCUGACUCGUCGCGCCCAGAAGCAUCGCCUGAGAGAGCUGAAGACCCAGGUGAAGGUGUUUGCAGACAAAGAGGAGGGUGGUGACCUGAAGUCUGUGUGUUUGACGCUGUUCCUGCUGGCACUCCGGUCUGGGAACGAACAUCGGCAAGCAGAUGAGCUAGAGGCCAUGAUGCAAGGCAGAGGCUUUGGGUUGAAUCCCGCUGUGUGCUUGGCCAUCCGGGUCAACACUUUCCUGAGCUGCAGCCAGUAUCACAAAAUGUACCGGACCGUCAAAGCCACAAGUGGCCGCCAGAUCUUUCAGCCCUUGCACGCCCUCCGAGCCGCAGAGAAGGAGCUUCUCCCUGGUUUUCACCAGUUUGAAUGGCAGCCAGCUCUCAAGAAUGUGUCUACAUCUUACAAUGUAGGCAUUAUUAAUGGGCUCUCUGGAUGGGCUUCCUCGGUGGAUGACUCCCCAGCCAACACCAUCACUCGGCGCUUUCGCUAUGAUGUGGCACUGGUGUCGGCAUUAAAGGAUCUGGAGGAGGACAUCAUGGACGGGCUGAGAGAGAGUGGGAUGGAAGACUGUGCUUGCACCUCAGGCUUUAGUGUGAUGAUCAAGGAGUGUUGUGAUGGCAUGGGAGAUGUCAGCGAGAAGCACGGCGGAGGACCGGCUGUUCCCGAGAAGGCAGUACGCUUCUCUUUCACCGUUAUGUCUGUCUCCAUCCUGGCAGAGGAAGAAGAGGAGGAGGUUACCAUUUUCACCGAGCCAAAGCCAAACUCAGAGCUGUCCUGUAAGCCCCUUUGCCUGAUGUUUGUGGAUGAGUCAGACCACGAGAUGCUCACAGCUGUCAUGGCCCCCAUAGUUGCAGAGCGUAAUGCAAUGAAAGAGAGCAGGCUCAUCCUCUCCAUCGGCGGCCUACCUCGCUCUUUUCGGUUCCAUUUCAGGGGGACGGGAUACGACGAGAAGAUGGUGCGUGAGCUAGAGGGCCUGGAGGCCUCAGGGUCCACAUAUGUCUGCACACUGUGCGACUCCACUCGAGCGGAGGCUUCCGAAAACUUGGUGCUGCACUCCAUCACCCGCAGUCACGAAGAGAACUUAGAACGCUACGAAAUAUGGAGAACCAACCCCUUUUCUGAGUCUCCAGAUGAGCUGCGAGACAGGGUCAAGGGGGUGUCCGCCAAACCCUUCAUGGAGACCCAGCCAACCCUAGAUGCAUUGCACUGCGACAUCGGCAAUGCUACUGAAUUCUACAAAAUCUUUCAAGACGAGAUCGGGGAAGUGUACAAAAAGGUCAACCCCAGCCGGGAGGAACGGCGCAGCUGGAGGGCAGCCCUAGAUAAACAGCUGAGGAAGAAGAUGAAGCUCAAACCAGUAAUGAGGAUGAAUGGAAACUAUGCCCGCAAGCUAAUGACCCUGGAGGCUGUGGAGGUAGUGUGUGAGCUUGUGCCCUCAGAGGAGAGAAGGGAAGCCCUGAGGGAGCUUAUAAGGCUCUAUCUCCAAAUGAAACCUGUGUGGCGCGCCACUUAUCCAGCCAAGGAGUGCCCUGACCAGCUGUGCCGCUACAGUUUUAACUCCCAGCGGUUUGCUGACCUUCUCUCCUCCGCCUUUAAAUAUAGGUACAAUGGAAAGAUAACCAAUUACCUGCACAAGACCCUGGCCCAUGUACCUGAGAUCAUAGAGAGAGAUGGAUCCAUUGGAGCCUGGGCCAGUGAAGGGAACGAGUCGGCAAACAAACUGUUCAGGCGUUUCCGGAAGAUGAAUGCACGUCAGUCAAAGGCCUUUGAGCUGGAGGACGUGUUGAAGCACCACUGGCUCUACACCUCCAAGUACUUACAGAAGUUUAUGGAAGCCCACAAAGACUCGGUCAAAGCUCUUCAGGCUACCAUUGAUCCCGUAGAGAUCCAUGAUGAUGAGGAUAUAUCUCUGGACAUAGCAGAGUUUUGAUUUUUCCUCAAUAACAUUUGAUUUAUUGGAGUUGUAUAAUCUGCCUCUAUGUUUAUGCAGUAUAUUCGUACUCUCUGCAUAUUGAUAAGAAUAAUAGGGAAAUGGCCAGAUAGACAGCCUCUUUUUGUUAUUAUUGUUAUGAUUGAUGUAUGUUUGUGAAUUUCAUUUAUUGUUGGAAAUUUCUGUGAAUGACCACUAUUUUCCCAAUCAAAAUAAUUUGUUAUUUUGAUUGUGUUUUACUUGUUUUGAUCAUUUACAUGCUGUCAAUAUGGCACAGCGGAGGAACACACAAGUCAUGUAACGCACAGGUUCCCUUUUCCUCACUCGUUUUCCUUGUUCCCUUUUUUCUUUUUAAUCCUCGCCCUCUGUGAAAUAUGGUGCAUUUUAUUGUAUUGCAAGGAUGUGUCACAUUUAUGAAUUUAUAUAGCGCAGAUAUUUAUGGAAACAGAUGAAAGCACUGUAAGUCAUGGAGCAAAAUUGUGUUAAAAAGACCACAUUUGUGGCCACUGUAUUAAUAUAUCAUUUUAGCUGGAGCCAAAUGCAAUCACAGAGACCCAAAUGUUCUUUGUUUCAUAAGUGCCCUCUGAAAAAGAUUACUUUAGUGCUUUAUCUGGAUCCCCGAGGGGCAGAAUAGAUGCCAGGUCACUUUGAACCAAUUUUUAUCUCUUUUAGUUUUUGCACAGUGGAGGAUAGAUGAUACUUAUUUGAAUUCUGCUCAUAAAAUAAAGCAUAUACUGACCUUUUUGUUGAUAUCAUAAAAAUACAGUAUGGUCCAUUACAGAGCCUAAUACCCCGUGGACUCUCUAGAAGGUGGGGAUUUUUCUUAAGUUCGGCAUAUAACCUGGCUCUUUCUCUCAGCUGAUAUUUCUUUACUGCCACUGUUGACAGAGGAGAGGGAUGAGCGGUGGCCAGAAAGACCUGAUGUAAACUGAUUUGUUGGCAAGUUUAUUUGUUUGAUUGAUUGAUUAUAUUGUCCUUUUCUGCCCUCGCUGUUUUGAAUUGUGACAGGCAAUUUUGUUUUCCUAUUUGAUUGAAUGCUUGAUUUUAUUCCACUGUCCUAAGUUUAAGCACGUGGCAGCUAUGAAAUAUUCACAUUUCGCCGGAUAGUUGUGACAGUCCCACAAUAACACCAUGUUUUAGAGUGCAUCAUAUUGCAACCUGUGUCAAUUUUUUUUUUUUUUGCCAUAAUGAAUUGCAUUUCCAAAGUAAUGGAUGAUGGAUGAUUCCUAAAGUGCCACUUGUUCACAUUUCACAGUGUUUUUCCUCAUUUUGUGGUUCCAUAUUUACACUAAGUAUCAGGGUGAACAGUUUAGAGGAGUUGCGGAAGGCUUUCAUUUCACAUACAAGUACAAUAUUACACUAAAGUUCCUUUUUCCACAGUUUGUUUGUUUUAUGUAGACAUAUCUGCUGUAUUUUAACCGUGCCAGAUGUCCUUUUAAUGGAGAAGUUUGUACUUUUUGUCUCUGUGUCCACAAAAGAAAAAAUAAUAAAGACAAAAUGUGACUUGA